GUCCCUCAGCUGCAGUCCUUGUGGGGUACGCACAGUCUAGAGUCAAUCAGGCCCCCGCAGCUUUGUGCUCUCUGUGGCUGACUCUCUGUAAGUAGUAAUCCACUUCAUGUAACUGGUUGUGCAUGAGUGUUGUGUCUCACUACAUUUGGGUAAGUUGGGGACCAGUGCACAGCAAAGCUUCUUGGCAAAAUUGGUGCAGUGAGAAGGUUGGAUUCGAGAGAACCAUGGCUUAUUGGUGAAGCUGGAGGAACAAUACUCUCCAGUACCUGGCCCAGGACAGAGACAUCAGCCUGGGGAUGCAAGGCCUGGACAUGCAGAUUGAUGUUUAAUGAGGAGGGAGGAUAAAUGAGCCGUGGUGAGAGGCAGCAUUUGAUGUGGCAGUGAGACAGUGGAAGCAGCGGAGAAGGAAGACAGCAAGAGAUGGCCUUUUGUGAGAAGAUGGACAUAGCGAUCAGCAAUGGGCAACACAACUAUUGGAGAAAUGGCCAGAGAGCGACAGUGAGAGAGGGCAGUGGAGCUGAGCAGAUAAGUAAGUGGCCACAGAGCCACUGCUUCAUGCAGGCCAGCCGCUCUGUUCACCAGUUCGCCCGUGGAAAUUCAACACACCCAAGCUGGGGAGCCUGGAGAGAUCUUCAUGCAGGCCCCACGUUAGAGACUGGCACCAUUUUCGCUCCUGCACACCUCUCCUGUGACUUUUUCACCUCCAGUUCUGACUGUUGUUGCGGCCUUGAUGCUAAAGUGUUUCGUCUUAGAGGAUCCGAUGGAGAUGCUGUGAUGACCCAGCCUCCACUCUCCCUGCCCAUCAUCCCUGGAGAGCCGGCAUCCAUGUCAUGCAGGUCCAGUCACAGCCCCCUUCACAGUAAUGGAUACACCUAUUUGAAUUGGGACCUACAGAAGCCAGGCCAGCCUCCACAGCUCCCAGUUUAUUUGGUUUCCAACUGGGACCCUGGAGUCCCAGACACAUUCAGUGGAGGGAGUCGCGGACAGAUUUCACGCUUAAAAUCAGCAGGGUGGAGGCUGAGGAUGUUGGGGUUUAUUAUUACCAGCAAAAUACAUUCUUUAGAUUUGGUUUAGCAGUUUCUAGAGUACUUGUACAUUGAUAAGGUUUGGUGAUAUUAAAACACUCUUUCCCUCCCCUCCUUCACCUCCCCCCACCACUUUUCAUAAGGCAGACCGCUAACCAGGACAGCACCAGGCACUGUAUUUUUUCCUACUUUUAUCAGGAAGAACCCAAAUAAAAAUCUUCACAGUCUAGAUUUUUAAAUUACUAGAUAUGUUGUGGCAAAUGUAUACAAAAAUAAAGACCUAGUGCCAAAAGUCUUUGCACAGUCUCAGCCACAGCAUAUUGAAGUAAAAAAGUAGUUUUCUGAACUCUAAGGCUGGGUUUCAACAAUAAGGACCAAAUUUGAAAGAAUAAAGAAACAUAUGUAUGCCAUCU